AUGCUGCGGCCAGGCGGAACGGUGGCUUUGGCAUCGCACUCGAAAGUCGGUUGGGUUGCUGAUGUUACAGCUGCAUGGAAGACUGAUCCCGACCUCCCACCAUUCCCAACCACGCAAGGUUUGGCCGGUACUUUUGGAAAAGACCUCAAGUGGUACGACGCAGCCUGGAUCAAGGAAACGGUUGCAAAGGCAGGCUUUGUCGACGUCGAGGUCAAGUCGAGUGAUCUCUACCACAGUGAACCCGACGCCACCGAAACUUUCAAGCUGCUCCUCCCCGGCACGGUGGGAAUGAUCAUGAACACUUUGUGGACGCAGAGGGAGCGAGAUAAAUAUGCUGAGAAGGCAAAGGCUGCAUCGGUUCGGUUUAUAGAGGAGAAAUAUGGCGAUGGUGAAUUGGGAUGGGACUGGACGGCGCUCUUGACGAUCGCGAAGAAACCAGCGUGA